GAUAGAAUGAGCAUUUGUCGCUUGGGCAGCAUCGUGACCAUUUGUGCAGACCAGCGUGAUUAAGAGGGUUAUUGAAUAUCGACCAGAGCUGUGACAAGUGUUGGCAUCAAAAGCGAAAUUAGAAUAAUUUCAUCACCAAACGUCACUUUCUUUGAUCGCAUCCGUUCGAUGAAAUAACAAAUGGAUUUACAUACUCUCUAUCGCUUGGUCAUUUUCCUGUUCCUGAACGGAAUGAUCUUGAUGGGCGCCGGGGCACCAGGACCGUUUGCGAGCGAGGACAGGGAUCAUGAACGGACUGCAUUGUCCAACAGAACAGCUCGUCUGACGAAAAUUGAGAGGACUUUCAUCAUGGUCAAACCGGAUGGGGUUCAAAGAGGACUCGUCGGCGACAUCAUCCACCGAUUUGAGAAGCGUGGCUUCAAGAUGGUUGCUGGGAAGAUGGUGAUGGCCACUGAGGAUAUCAUCAGGAUUCACUAUGCUCAGUUUCAAUCCCGUUCAUUUUUCGCUGGUUUCCUGAAAUUCUUUACCAGUUACCCCGUCUUUGUCAUGGUCUGGGAAGCAAAGGAUGCCGUGAGACAGGUACGUCUAAUGCUUGGAGACUCCCACCCGGAUAAAAGUGUACCCGGGACGAUCCGCGGAGACUAUUCUCUUGAUCUCCGUCGAGAUGUCUGCCACGCUUCUGACAGCGUGGAGGCGGCCAACUCUGAGAUUAGCCUUUGGUUCAGACCAGAGGAAGUUGUAAACUAUACGCUCUGCACAGAGCCUAUUAUAUAUGAAUAUUAUGAAGACUUAUUCCAUUCAUGAUUGAGGCAAAAUUCAAUUGCCGUGCGUAUUGUAAUAUAUCGACAACGAAUGGAAUUACAUUGUUCUUUAAAAGUUGAGUAAACAGGGUCCUACUGGAAAAUACAGCAUGUUCUUGGGUAUUUGCUAUAUAGCUUAACGUUAUACUUCUUCCUGGGUUACUUUUAUUAAAAUUUUCGUUAAUUUGCUAAAUAUUAUACGAUAUUACUAAAAGUUUCAAUGUGUAAAAAUCUUGCAAUCUCACCAUUAUCAAAUCUACAUUUCAACACAGUUCCGAUUUCUUCCAGCAAUCAAAAGUGCCUGUGAGAUUAGUGGAAUAUAUUCAUUAAUGAUGUAAUCUAAAAUCGUAUUUUCAUAAACACAGAAACUUCAUUUUCACUCACCCCUGUAAAAGUAAGAAAUAUGCACUGAUCGUAUUACCGAACAUAGGUAGCGAAGACUCCGAAGAGUAGUUAUCAUUACGAAGCAUUUCCCUGUGUAAAUGGCCCCCCAAAAAAAAUAUGUAGCUAGGCAGGAAUCGGAUGCAAGAACAAUGCAAUGUAGCAUUGCCUAACUAUUCUUUCAUCCAUGCGGCAUCAAACAUGACUUCAAAGGGAAUACGAUUCUCUGUUGCUCUAUCUACGUAAAACUCCUUGAUCGGAAUUAUGACUCCUUAUUAGGGUUUCGGGGAGUUACAAUAUUUUGUCUUCCAUGUUAUGUUCUUCGAUACCUCAAAAAAAAUGUUAAAUCAUUAUCCAAAAAUGAGCAAUGAUGGUUCAUACAAAUCGAAAAUGCAUUCUAGAUACUCAUCAUUAAUAUAUUUGUUAAAUAUGUGCCUCAACGGUUUAUUAAGAUAAUUAUUACACUAAAGUCGACGUGCGCGCAAAUUUACCUACCAUAUCACUUUGCUCAAACUUCUGGUGUUUUUUUUUUAAUAAGUCAUGGUGAGAUACUGCGUUUAAAAACUAGUGAGUUCUUUGGGAUUUUUUGUUCGGUUGCUUCUUUCUUUCUUUUCUCCUUUGCUUGUUUUUUUUUGUGAUUAGAUUUGACUAAGAUUAUUUAAUCUUAUAAAGGAUUGGUAUUCAAUACAGCAGGUGCUGGAAAGGAAGAGCGAAAUUUUGAACAUUAACACGACAUUGACCGAUAAACUACAUCUCGCUGGAUUUGCAAACAUGAUGUGAUGCUUUUAGCGGAGGAACUUACUGACGAUGCCAAGAUAACGGAAAGAGAGUCUCGCCUUCCACGAUUUUAACGAUUUAUUGCUAUUCACCGCCGCUGUAGAGAACCUCGUUGAUUGGAAUAACCUCCUUCCCCAGUUUUGUAAGAGAGUGUCAACGAACGGGAGUUCAGACUUGAAGCGAUGUGGACACUGCACCCCGCUAUCGCAGGGUGAUUCUUAUGAAACGUCUCGUCAGUAGUUUUCCCAGGUGACUGUUCUAAGCUAGGGAAAUCCAACGAUCUGAUUGGCUGUGAGCAAAGUUGGAAGGGUAUGCCAAUAACAAUACGCUUAAUGAAACGAUGUCUUCGGACUCGUAGCAUAAAUAUUGGCAAUCUACUGCACAAAAAACAACAGCUCUGAUUGGAUGCUAUUCAGGAAGUUGAACCGUUUGAAUAUUAAAAUAAUCAAGAUUGGCGCUUUGUAAUUGGUUGCAAUCCACGGAUGUGGCCCCUCUCUUCGAAAUUGGUCAUUCUGUUUAACUUCAGGUUCAAGAAACUAAACGUAUAAAACCAAAGGAAAUGUUCAAUAUUGCUUAGACUUCGGCAUAUCAUUCCAUUAAUGUGAAAGUAAACGAAUUGAUAAACACCGAUCUGUUAUUUAGGGGCCUUCGAAGGUAUUACGCAAAACAAACAAUUAUUGUCAUAUUGUAGAUCUACAGCCGUUACGAUCUGGUUAUAUUUGCCAUAUUAUGUUAAAAUAGCCUAGCAGGCGAUUAAAAUCAAGUUUUCCAUGGUCGUAACAAUGGUAAGUCUUUAUGAAAAGGGCGAAAGGAUUGUGCUUAUAUUUUCUGUACAACUACAAAUUUGUGUUAACACCGAACGUAGACCGGUGCGAAUUCCCAUGAUCAUACAUCGAUUUACUGUAUUCUUAUCCAUCUGCAUGGCAUGUUCAAUCACACUAAGGCACUCUAAAACAUAUAUAUAUAUUGAAAGAAUUGAAUUAAGAGAACAAUGGUAGGCGUAGCUUAAAUCAAGGUUCCUUGUUGUACAUGUAGAAUUUCUCACAUAUGUUGAAAGUUAAUUCGUACGAGCUGCCCUGGACGGAGCGCAGGACAGCUGGUGUUUCUUAGCUUGCUUGCAGCCCAUAUAAUCGCGACCUCGUCUUCAUGCUGUUGGCGCGCAAAGUCUCCGACGGGGGGGACUAGUUCUGUUACAGAGUGUGAUAGAAAGUCCUCUUGGAUUCCGGAGUGCAACCGGAGCAACAUCACUACAUCGUUUUGCUCCGGCAUUAGAAUAAUACCAAUAUGUUACAUCUUUAAACAGUUUUGACAAGCGAUUCGUAUUUCACCUCGUAGGUAUGUGUCUAUGUUGGUUAUGCCGCUGAAUGGCUUACAGCAAGACACGACAAGGCUUUCGGAAAGGAAACUUCUGUCACUUUUGCGGAGUACAUAUACACAAUAUCGUUCCCAAGCUAAAAAGAAGUGUUUGGACUUACCCGACGCGGAUGUAGGUUCAGGAUCUCUUUCUGACAUCAUAAUAAUCGUCGCCCGACAAAGACCCGAUCCCGUCCGAGUGGUGCUCGAAGGAACCCGAUUCAAGCCGACGUAAAUAUCGUGGUCCAUUUCCCCGUACUCGGGUAUCUGACCAUUCAGUGUGAAUAAAUAGCGACUUUCCAUGACCCCCUUGCUGCUCUCACGGUUAUUCCACCUGACCUUCUCGUCGGCUAUCUCCAACUUGAGUUUCGUGCCAGCUUGGACGAUAUCGUCAACUAUCUUGAGUAGGAGACCGCCAUUCAAGGUCUCGGAGGUAUACCCGGAGAGUCCGUUGCUGUAGACACGCAUUUGUUUGUCGCGUAUCUGUAGUUCAGCCAUGUUAGACGUUAGGUCGCCAUCGCCUCCCAUUCCGUCACCACCGGGUGAGUCGGAGAUGUCCAACGUCCAGUUCCGGGGUGGUUCGUAGUAGUCCAAAAAGAAGCGAGCCAUCCUGUAGGGCCCGGCGAAUGAGAUUUUAAGGACGGCCUGUCCGUCACAGCCGAAAUUUGGCGAGGCUUUUGGAUAGACCAAGAGCUUGAUGAACUCACCCUGUCCUUGUUCUACGAUUCCAGUACGUAGGUCUAGAAAGAUUCUUUCCUGUUCGUAAAGACUUUGGCCAUGGUCUCCGUGGCAAAGGGCUAAAAUCAUGCAGUGGAAGCAAAAGACACAGAACAAAAGACUGUUGUCAAUAUUGAAUGUUUAAAGAGAUAAAAAUAUAUAAACAUAUAUAUGCAAAACAAACCUUUGCUGCCAGGCCUAUCGGCUUGUACUCAAUUGGUCUACAAGCAGCUGGUCUUUUUCUCAGAUAGUCUUAUACCAAUCGGGCUAAGCCCAUAAACCCAUUUGGUCUAUAAUCACUUUGGUCUAAAUGUCGCUUGGUCUACACUACACCUGGUAUAGUACCCAGUUAAUUCAAUAGACAUUAUCUAAUAAUCUAUGAUCAUAAUGUAUGCUUUGUACAUUGUCUUUUUUUUGGGUAAAACAAGCCAUUUUGUUGCGCUUGUUUUUAACUGCAAUUCAAUGUAACUCUUUCUGCAGAGGGACCCAACGGUGUUUAAAAUCAUAAGCACGAUGUUUAAGCCCGUCACUCUAACAACAAUUGUUUAAAAAAAAUUAAACAAGUUGUUUUAAAAAAGUUAAACAUCGUUUUUGAAAUUUUCAACUUCUUCAUAAGUUUAAAAUAAUAGUUCUUAGAAUGACGGGCAGAAACAACGUGUUUCAAACAUCGUUUUUACGAUGAACACUUACUCAUAGAUUGAAUAGUAUUCAUAAUGAUUAGGAAUCACUUUUCUUAUUCAUUUCAACAAUAUAUUUAAAGAACACAAAUCCAUUAUUUUGUUUUCUAUUCACUUUAAUUCAUACGUUAACAUCAUUCGGCAUGUGAAGUAGAUAUAUAUCUUUUUCGUCUUUUCUUAAAUUUCCAUUUGCUUUCGUUUGUUUCGGCAUUUAUGAAUCUAUAUAAUAUAUUGGUAAACUUACUUCUACAUGGUUCCCUUUCAUUCGGCUUCACUAUACUCAUUUCCAUUAAUUCGAAUUUAUUUGUCAGUUAAGCAUAAAUAAGUCUAAAUAAGAGUGUAAAAUGAACGCGUGAGCCUUGAAAAUUAUUUAAUAGGUUUCCUUGUAAUUUCCUAUUUGUAAGCUGAUCUUAAUAUAACCUGCAAUAAUGACUACCUUCGUAAUCACAACCUUAUAUUAAUCCUACUUAGAAGUAGUACAAGUGUCCGAAGAGUACACAUCAAGGAAGAAAUCUAAAGUAACCAAUUUAAAAGUAAUCAUGAGAAAUUGUUAAUGAUAAUCCCGGCAAAGGAAAUGGAAAGGCAUUAUUGAAUGUAACGAGAUAAAUUUGGUGAUUUCGGAGCGCUAAACGUGGCUAUUUAUUUCAGUGUGAGAAUUCUUUGCACAUUUCCCAAAUAAAAUACAUG